CCGAAUCUAUUGCCCCGUGCUUCUUAGCCGCGCCUUGGAUUGGGCGUCUUGCCCGAUGCCGCGGCCAUGCAAGAUGUCGCGGCCAUGCAGGCCAGAUGAGGGUGUGCCGUACGACCUGGAGGAGGAGCUGGAAGAGACCGCACGGAGCUUCGAGGAGCACGUGAAGGGCCUCGUGCUCACGUUCCAACAUCUGCAGACCAGCUAUGCAGAGCUGCUCUCGCAAGGCUCCGAGCUGCAGCUUUACCCACCGCUUGCGGUGUCGCCGGCCAGAUCUUCCGUGCGGCGCAUGGACGACACCAAGUCGCCCUCAAUGAAAUCCAGACCCACCAGCAAGGCGGAGGCUCUCACCGGUUUCUCAGCGCGUGGCUCCCCGCAGCUGCCCAAAGCCCUCGAGCUCGAGCUAGAAUCGAAGAUGGACGAGAGGGCCUACAAGGCGCAGUUCCACCGCUUGGACAAGGCGGCCAAUGGGCGACUGGAGCAGGAAGAUUUGCUGGCGGUGAUGCAGACCUUCAGCCACGGCUGGGAGCUGGAGAACGUGGAGGAUCUCCUGAAGCAAGUGAACCAGCUGACCGGUGGCCAUACCAGCCCUGGAGGGCAUGGCCAUAGCCGAAGCAACUUGAGGACUCCCCACGAGUCCAUCGACUUGGACGGCUUCGUGGCGCUGAUGUCCAGUGAGGAGUUGAUCAGCGGCAAAGACAUGAAGAGCAGCACGAAGCGGGACACCAAGUUCUUGCGGGAGGCGUUGCAGGCAGAGAACAACCAUAACCUCUACAAGGAUGAUGGACAUUGGGUUCAGGGUGGCAAGCACCAGCACAAGGGGCCCCACGGCAAGCUCGCCAUCCUUGUGGAUGUGAUCCCCGGCAUCGUCAUUGUACUCAAUGCCCUCGUCCUCGGCUUGAGCAGCGACAUCGCUGAGGAUCACAUAGUGUGGCAGGUCUGCAACACGUUCUUUCUCGUCUUCUACACCUUGGAGUUUCUGGUGAAGAUUGGGGUGUUUGGGUGGCGAUGGUUCUUCUUGGGCAACGAGUGGCCCUGGAACGCCUUUGACGUCUUCUGCUUGGUGCUCUCCUACUUGGAAGAGCUGGUGACGUGGAUCCUGCGAUCAACGGAGGGGCAGGUGGCGGACCUCAACACCAUCGUGUUCAUCCGCAUGCUGCGGCUGACGCGACUGGUACGCUUGGUGCGGACUCUGCGCUUCGAGAUUUUCUACGAGCUGAAAACCAUGGUGCUGGGAGUUGCCAGCGGCAUGCGGGUGCUCUUCUGGGCCAUGGUCCUGCUGCUGGUGAUCAUCUACACCACUGGGGUAGCGGCAAAGAACGUCUUCGGUGAAGCAGAGCCUGAGUUCGAGACGGUCCCUGCAGCCAUGUUCACGCUCUUCCGCUGCUUCACGGACGGGUGCACCGCCUACGAUGGCACGCCCCUCAUGGAGCGCCUGCGCCCAAAGUACGGCAUACUCUUUGUGAUCAGCUACGUGUUCAUGUUCAUGCUGGUGUGCCUGGGCGUUUUCAACCUCAUAAUGGCGAUCUUUCUCGAGAAUGUGAUGGUCAACCAGCUUCAAAGAAAGCUCAUGGGCAUCGACCACUCCGCCAACCGGAUCGAGGUGAACCUCAAGGAGGACCUACUGCGCCUUUUGCUGCGCAGCAAGUCCAACGGUGUGCCAGAGGAGACCGAGCACGCCCUCAAGGCCCUCAGCGACUCCUUCUACCGCCGGGACGCGCGGGUGCGCGCCAUGUUCGAGACCCUUGCGUCCUCCCAGGUGGUCAUUACGAAGCCUGCGUUUAUCUCUUGGCUGCAGGACAAAGACUUCCUUACCGUCCUCAAGGAGGCAGAUAUCGAGACCGCCAACCAGGAAGGCAUCUUCGAGUGUCUUGAUGCCGACAUGAGCGGGUGGCUCACCUUGGACGAGGUGUACAAUGGUCUCAUGCGGCUCCGCGGUCCCGUGGCCAAGUCCGAGAUCGUGGGCUUCUGUCUGAGGCUACGGCACGUGGCUCAGCUGAUGCACGGCAUGUCCGACUGAGAUCGCAGAAAGUCGCCGCCGUGAGUGGCAUGACGCAUUUCCCGCCUUCAACUUGGAAUUGAGCCCUUCCCUUCCUUAGAGGUGCUUUCUGGUCCUGCC